AUGACUGAGGCUAAAAUAUCAAAACUUAAAAAGACCUUCCCUGAAUGUGAUGAAUCAUCUUUAUUAGAAUUAUUAAUCAGUUGUGAUGGAUCAAUAUCAACUACAGAAUCAUUACUUUAUGAAUCAUUCCCUCAACAAAAUAAAAGAAUUAAAUUAGAAUCACAUUUGUCAAGACAGUCAAAUAUUAAUUCAUUAUUAGGUCAGGAUGAAUCUACGCCAUUGAAUAAGAUUGGGAAUCAUAGUAAACCAAUUUAUCUAUAUACCAAAUCAGAUAUUGAAACCACCAUACCAUAUGCUUCAAUUCAUUUCAAUUUCCUUCCAGAGGAAUUAUCAAAUAAUUUAUUAAAUUUCCUAUUGAAAGAUGAUCAAGGCUGGUCACCACAAGAAUUUUAUCUUUUUGGUAAUGCAUGUAAAUCAAAUCAUCAAAGUAAAGUAUAUAGUUCCAAAACUCAAGAAACUUUAUAUUAUAACGGUCAUAAAUAUACUUCAAGAUCAUCAUACACUGAUGAUUUAAAAAUGACACAACUUUUGAUAGAAGAUCAAGUUAAUAAAGAAUUACAAACCAGGGAUCUGCUACCAUUCCAACACCAAGAUCCAUGGAAAGGUGAAUUAGCAGUUUGUAAUAAAUUUGAAUCAAAAUCAAAUAAUUUAGAUUGGCAUAGUGAUAGAAUGACAUAUAUUGGACCACAUCCAAUAAUUGCAUCUUUUACAUUAGGUGCUACAAGGGAUUUCAGAAUAAGGAAACAAUAUGAUGAACAAGAUGGUUCAAAACCACCAAUUUAUUCAAUUCCAUUACCACAUAAUACCCUGUUAAUAAUGCAUGCUGGUUUUCAAGAAGAAUUUAAACAUUGUGUUUCAUCAACAACUGAAUUUCAUCCACACCCUAUGGCAGGGUCCAUAAGGUUUAAUUUAACUUAUAGGAAUUAUUUAAAACGGUUUCAAGAUAAUUUACCAAUGUGUUCUCAAUGUGGGAAUCAAAUGGAUUUACGUCGAAGUUUUAAAAAACCUGAAAAUAGAGGUCGAUAUAUUUGGUUAUGUACAGGGAAUUAUCUUGGUAAAGAAUGUAAUGGAUUUCAUUAUGCAAAUUUUAAUGAAGAUUGUUUAUAUACUGAUAAUGUUGAUGAAUGUUCAAGAUGGAUUUCAAGAGAUGAUAAAGCUGCAUUGAAAAGUUUUAGAGAAAUGUUUCAAAGUUAG